CUGGGUGACCACACCCUGUGUGUCUGUCUGUUCUGAGGGCUCUGUGGUUCCUCCAUCUGCACAGUGGGAUCAGAGGGAAGAGACGCCAUGAGCCCCACCCUCAUGGCCCUGCUCUGCCUCGGACUAACCGUGGGCCUGAAGACCCGAGUGCAGGCAGGGAUCCUCCCCAAACCCACCAUCUGGGCUGAGCCAGGCUCUGUGAUCCCCUGGGGGAGCCCUGUGACCAUCUGGUGUCGAGGGACCCUGAAGGCCCAGGAGUUCCGUGUGGAUAAAGAGGGAAGCACAGAACCCUGGGACAGACAGAACCCACUGGAGCCCGGGGACAAGGCCAAGUUCUCCAUCACACACAUGACACAGCACACUGCAGGGAGAUAUCACUGUUACUAUCUCAACCCUGCUGGCUGGUCAGAGCGCACUGACCCCCUGGAGUUGGUGGUGACAGGCGUCUACAGCAAACCCUACCUCUCAGCCCUGCCGGGCCCUGUGAUGACCUCAGGAGGGAACGUGACCCUUCUGUGUGGCUCACAGGAGGGAUUUGGCAGUUUCAUUCUGACUAAGGAAGGAGAACACGGGCCCUUUUGGGCCCUGGCCUCACAGCGACAGCCCAGUGGGGAUUUCCAGGCCCUGUUCCCUGUGGGCCCCGUGACCCGCAGCCACAGGUGGAUGUUCAGAUGCUAUGGCUGUUACCCCUCCCGGAUGUGCUCACACCCCAGUGACACCCUAGAGCUCCUGGUCUCAGAUGCUGCCACGAAGGACCCACAGUCUGAGCAAAGCAUGGAGCUGGACCCCCAGCAGAUCAGGCACAAGAAAAACCCCCAGGAAGUGAUGUACAGCCAGGUGAACCUCUCAAGAUCAAGACUCAGUCAGAGAGUUGCCACCCCUCCUUUCCCCCUGUCAGGGGUGUUGCUGGACAUGAAGGACAGACGCGCAGAAGAGGACAGGCCGAUGGACAGUCAGACUGCAGCAUCUGACACCUCCCAGGAUGUGACCUACGCCCAGCUGAGCCUCUUGCCCCUCAGAUGGGAGACAAGUGCACCCCCUUCGUCUCCAUCAGAGGAGUCCUCAGAUGAGCCACGCGUGUACGCUGCUCUGGCCAUCCACUAGCCAAGAAACACUCAGACCCCACACUGCAGGGAGGGGGCCAGCAGGGACCCUGGAAAGCACAGGAGCUGCCCCCAUAGACACUCAGCUAGCGACCCGGGGCAGCCUGGAGGCCUGUUGUGGACCACCAGGAGCACCUGGGAGCCUCUGGGAGUCAGCUGAUUCUGCAGUCAAAGAUAUCUAUGUGCCUAUGUUUUGGAAACAAAGCAACACAUUUCUGAAUAGUCAAUGUGUGAACUGAGAACCCAAACAGAAGUGAGAGACGUUUUAAAUGGAAUGAUAAUGUACAUGUUACACAUCAAACUUAUUAAAUGCAAAAUUAACAACCAUGAGUGAAUAUAUUAGAAAAG